GCCCUUCACCCUUCUCCACUACACAAAACCCUAGCCACUGAAAUCAUCGGCGACAACGCCGGUAGUAUCGACGGAAACGGCGCCGGAGACCUAGUCGGAGACUCUCGAGAUCGUCCACAAUAGAUCAGCUGCAAAUAAGAAUUUCCAUGCCUUAUAACCAGAAAGGGACCUUAAAAAGCCACCUGAGGGAAAAUUGAUUUGAUUGAUCUGGAUAUUGUUUCCUACUAUAUGAAAAUUCUGCAUUUUAUAUUACUUUAAAAGAUGGAACAAAAACAGUCGGGUUGCACAGGAGGAGCAGAAGCAGUUUUAAAUCUUCAGCCAAACUCUUCAAUCUCUAUCGCAUAUCAUCCUCAUUUUGGUCCUCAUGAUGAUCUGAUCCUUCUUGAAAUUGAUGACAAGCUUCUUCCAGAUGUCCUCCACCAGAGGGUAACUUUAAGAGGACAACCCAAUGAAGAUGCUGUUCUUUGUACUCAAUCAAAGACUUAUUCUAUCAAAUUUGUUGGAAACUCCAAUUCUGUGUUCCUUAUACCCCCAGUAGAUCAGUCAGCAUUGCAUGAACAUCCACAAUAUUCUGAUGAGAAAGAUGAUGACCAGCGGGUUGUUGCAUCUGUCAUUAAAGUGGCUCCUGGUAACAUGGAGCUUGUUGAGGUUGCUCCCAGGCUGGACAAGCUUAACUUGCUUCUCUUGGAGAAUCCUUUUACAUCUGAGGAGGUCUCAGAGAAAGAGGAAUUGGAAGGGAUGGAGGAACAGAAAACAAAUUUGUUUAAAUGGAAUGAUCUUAUAGAUAGGGUUCAAGCCAGUGAUGAUGAAUUGAGGUCUGGAUUACGGGCUUUUUCAGCAGUAGAGAUUGAUGGGUAUUGGAGAAUUGUGGAUGAGAAGUAUAUGGGUACUAUUCUGAAUAUGCUUCUGCAUAACUCAGUGUUGAAUGAUUGGUCUUUAGAUGCACUUGGUGAAGAUGAAGUUGUGGGUGUUCUGGAAUCAGAUGGUUUUCCUCGCACACUAGGGUUACAUUGUUUGCAAGUUUAUGGUAGCAAGGUGGAUGAGGGUGUUGGCAGUUGUGUAUGGAAGUUGGAUGAGAGGCGCUUAUGCAUUCAUUUUGCUAGAGAAAUCUUGAAGGAUGGGAAGAGGAAGAUGGAAAGUUUCAUGGAGGAGUGGAUUCAAAAGAUUCCAGAUGGGAUGGAGGCAAGUUUUGACAUGUUGGAAGGUGAAGUUUUGACAGAAAAGUUUGGGGUCGAGACAUGGGUUCGUGCCUUUAGUGUUUCUUCCCUGCCUUCUAACCCAGCUGCACGUUUCUCCAUGCUUUUUCAAGAGCGGCCAAAAUGGGAGUGGAAGGAUCUACAGCCCUAUAUAAGGGAUUUGACUGUACCGGGUCUUUCUUCAGAAGGCUUGCUUCUGAAAUACACACGAAAAACACAACCAAACUCAGAUGCAGAACCUGUAUUUAGUGCCAGAUAGUAUCAUCUAUCAACUGGUAACCUAUUGUGAGUGAAUUUUUAUGGUUAAACUAUUGAUGGAAGUCUUGGGAAUAGAAAAAUACAAAUUCUGUAAGCUGUCUUUACUGUUAAUCCACUAAAUAUUCCCAUGUUUGAUGUUUAUUGUGCUAAUGCACACAAUGAAUCUAGCAGAUGGUAUGAAUUUGCAGUUUGUUUC